GUCUUUCGCCUUUCUGGCUGCGUUUUGGAUUGCUUCUCUUAGGGCCUUCGUAAUUCCUCGACCCAUGCGUCAUGGCCCAGACGCUGCGGUUACAAGCGCGACAAAGCUACCCAUGCGUCAAUGAUAGUAGAUGCACGCAGACUAUUAGGCCGAUCCUUGAAAGCGGCUUGCUUCGUCGGGUCUACGGCUGGGCUUGCAUUUCCACAAACACGCGCUGCCCAGGGCGCCGCGCCGGAGCUAUAUAUGCAGGACAAGCGCCAGAUAAAGAUGCCGUGUCUCAACCUACAAAGGUCGACACGUCGACCACAGAACCAGCCAUCUUCAGCAGCAGCAGCAGCAAGAGCGAUGCCCGCAAGGCCGGCGCUACCAGCAAUUCCUCACUCGCCGCCGAUGAACUUCAAUCCAUGGGCAUCACAGCACAAGAGUUUUCUGUAGCGAACACAUUCCUCGAGCGGGUCCUAGGCGCCACCAUCGUGUACGGCUUAACCCUUUUCCUUGCCAGCCUCUCAGGCGUGGACGUCACAGCAACACUAGACUGGGGCGACGGCACACCUUUCACAAUUGGCGCCAUGGCUGCGGCCUUGCCUCUUGCGGUUACGGGGCUGCUGUUGCUGCCCUCCCUGGAUUUGGGCCUUAGCACGGAGCAGCUCUUUAGGGUGGCCCAAUUGGACGUGGAAGAGGAGGUGCAGGUGUUGCCCAUACUCGGGAUCGAGGACGAAGCAGCACCCGCAACAGCAGCUCGCAACCUCCAACCAGAGCCCGCCCUCACCCCCGCGUCCCUCCAGCGGGGCCUCUGGCUGCACCAGAUGCAGUCGAUCAAGCCAUGGUUUGAGUACUUUGACCUGCCCUCCACCACCUACCUGCUCGCCUCCGCAUGCGCCGUGGCAGCCUCUCGGGAGCUCUUCGCGCGGGCCUACCUGGGUGCCCUCCUCACGGGGUGGUACCAGGGGCUUCUGACGGGGGCCACGGACGUCAACAACCCCUUCUACUGGGCAAAGGUCUUCAAGCUGCUGACCCCGGACACCCCUAGCUGGCUGGCGGCGGCCACACUGUGUGUCGUACAGGUGGGCAUAUCCACCACCGCGGCCUCCCGGGCUGCGCGCUUCACUCGUCUAGCGGUGAAGCAGCUUGAUUGGGUGGACGAAGAGGCAGGUGCUGGGGAGGAAACAAAGGAGCAGCACGGCAAUGAUGCAAAGGGAAAACCGGACAAGUCAAAGGUGAUCCUGCUGGCUGCUGCUGCGGAGGCGCCCCCCUGCGCGGAGGAGCGGGUGGUGUACGGCAUAUCGCUCGCCACCUCGGCGCUGAUCAGCGGCGCCACCAACCUUGCAUGGGCCGCCAGCGGCAGCGUGCUGGGGUCGUACACGGUGCAGGUAUGCCUGGAGGUGGGCGGGACGCUGCUGCAGCGGCUCAAGGAGUCCCAGGGGCUGCCCGACAGGGCGCAGUGGGGGGAGGUGCAGAGCCGCAUACAGGACAUGGUGCAGGAGGAGGACGAU